UAGCAAUCCAUCCAAUAGCUAUCAAAAUGUUUCAUACAAAAAAAUCAGUGAUCACCAGCAUAGGCCUCAUCCUCUGAGCACCAUGAAUGCAUGUAUAACGUUUCAUAGCAGUCUAUCCCGCAGUUGUUCAGAUAUUUCAGUCUAGACCAAAGUGGUGGACCGAUCAACACACCAACAUUGUCAUAUCCUAAAGUAGAGGCAAUACAUUGGUGGGACUUUUAUGAAAAGACAACGUAGUGCUUUGAAUAACAAAGCAAAUGAGGAACUGUGGCAGAGAGAGUAGAUACACUAUGCAGGUUCAUUUUAGAUUUAUCUCCAUUUGAGCAAAAAUCCAAUUUAGAUCCAGCCCUCCUAGACCACAUACCCAUGCAGGCUCCCCUUCAUGGCGCAACAUAACUCAAGGACAGUGAGUCAGCCAGUCAAUAUGAGCCUAAUCUAAUCCAUGGUGCUGAAACCUGAACCACCAUGAGACAAGCUGAAAGCUGUGAUGUCACAGGGCGAGACCUCCGGCCCAUAUACCUGCCUAGAGAGAUGGGAGAGUCUGCUUACCUUGUUCUAACACUGACAUUCUUUAUCCUUGUCUGUGUGCAGCAGAGCAUUAAGUUGAUAUAUUAGUAUCAAGCCAGUCGUAAUCACCACCUGGGGAGGACUCAAGGGAGAAGAAGACAGAGCGACUGACCAAUGAGGAAGAAGGGAGAAAUCAGAGAAAAGGAUGUGGAAAUAUCAGGAUCAGGCGCUUGGAUGGACGUGAAGGCCGCCACCACAUGCACAAACACAGACACACAAGCACGCACACCUCAUUAACUGUAUUUGACUUCUCACCAUAUUUUUGUUACAGAUCUCUCCAUAUGAGAAAACAAACAGGAAAAUCCUUCUCGGCCACAGAGCAAACAUUUCAACUCUUAGUGGCUCUCUUUCUCUAAUCCUGUGAGCACCUCCAAACAUGAACGCUCCUUAUUUCCUCUCUAUAUUUUCUUAAAACCAAGCAGACUGAGACAAAAUUCCUGUGAGUGUGUUAUUUACGAGAACUGUUGACCACCUCGGCAAUGGCUGGCAACGUGUGUCCUGUCCUUUGGUGCCAACAUAUACAGGCCAGGAAGUCAAAGACACCACAGAGAAAAUUCAUCAUUCUCCACCUCUGACACUGAUAUAGAGACAUAUUUUGAAUUUGAGCUGUCAGGGGUUAUUUAUAUUAUACCUUGCCAAAUCAGCUAACUCUACUUUUGUGUCAAAUCUUAGUUCACCAUCUUCAUUUUUAUCUCACCAAAUUUACUGUGAAAUACAUCCAAAUUAUGUCAUUGCACAACGUAUUGUUUUCCUUCAAGCACCUAUUGCAAAGUCUUUUUUCUUGAGUGAGGAGACAGAUUUCAGUGACGUCCUCCAUAGUGCUUCGAGAUUUCCCAGUCCCCUGACGCCGUGUGACACCAAUUAGGAGGCUGCGGAUAUGACAAGCCAUUGGUCCAAAUGCUGUAACUGACAAAAGAAUAACUCUCUCGCUGUGUUUCUUUGUGUCGGACGAGAAGUGAGGGAGCAAAAUGGAGACAAGUCAAGAGAAUUACAAUGAUGAGGAGGGAGGUAGAAGCCUCAUGGGAAGGAAAAAGGGAGUGAAAAGAAAGAGGGGAAACUGAUUUGAAGCUGAAAGGGAAUGGAGAACGGCUGAUGAAGAACGGUUCCCACUACAGCAGUGGUAUGAUGUCAUCAACUCAAGACACAGAACAGGAGGGCCAUUAUUUUCUGUGCAGUGCAGUAAUGUUCACAUCUGCAAAACCUGGUGAUGCUGGUAAUGAAACAAGAGAAGACUUUGAAAAGGCCCUGAGGUGUGCAUAACAUAGUGGCACCUGCUCGUGGUCGUACUCCCUAGUCACGCUAUCAGCAAUUGCAAGAACUACAGCAUGGUGCUCAAUUGUACAGAGAUAGAUUACGUGCUGAAGAGGUACUACCUGGCACCGUCUUAUGGCAUUGAGUUCUGUAUUGGAUUCCCUAGCAACCUUUUGGUUGUACUUGGUUACAUUUUUUGUUUGCCCAAGUGGCACAGCUGCAACAUUUACCUCUUCAACCUGGCAGUCUCUGACCUUAUUUUCCUUUGCACACUGCCACGCCUCUCGUACCUCUAUGCAAAUGACCAAUCAGAGACUUGUCCUUUGGCUUGCCUUAUCAACCGCUAUGUCCUGCAUGUCAAUCUUUACUCUUCCAUCCUCUUUAUGGUUUGGCUUAGCAUGGACCGCUUCCUGCUCAUAAGACAUCCAUCACGGAACCAUUACCUGCUGAAGCCACGAACAGCCCUGAUUGUGACAGGACUGAGCUGGCUGGCCGUCAAUGUGGAAGUUGCUCCAAUGAUAGUACUGAUGAUCCAUGACCUGCAGAGUGAAAAUUGGAAUCGCUGCAAGGAUUUUGCAAGCCUAAAAGGACAUGUCAAUGUAUUAGGCUACAGCCUGGGGCUAACUUUGACUGGUUACAUUCUCCCUCUGCUAGGACUUUGCGGUUUCUCCCACCAAAUUGCGCAUCUGCUUUGUGUCCAGGAAAAGGCUCUACAGAACAGGUCAACUUCGUACAAGCGGCCUCUCCGGGUUGCUGCAUCAACUGCAGUCCUUUUUCUAGUUCUCUACACUCCCUACCAUGUGCUGAGAAAUGUCAGAGUAGCUUCUCAGGAGGCCUGGACAGGGCUGCAGGUGUGUACAAAGAUGUACAUCGAGGCCACAUACAUCUUGACCCGACCGCUGGCCUUCUUGCACAGCGUCAUCAACCCUGUUUUCUACUUCUUCAUGGGUGACAAGUUCAAAGAGCUCCUAGAGGCUAAGUUCAGAAAGCUGGUCAGAAUGACAGAGCGGCAAAGAGAAUCCAUCUGAAAAAAUUAUACCCAAGAUCCCUUUAAUCUGUUUUAACUGUUUAACAUUUUUAUUGAUAUAAUUGUCAUCCAGUAGUAAAAGUGAUUAAGUAAUGUAAACAUGUCAUGAAAAUGUUGAUACUGUAUAAUACUGUACAUUUUCACAUUUAUUAUAUAUUCUUUUCUCUUAUUUGUAUUCCUUCUAUGCCUUGAUGUGCAAACAAGUACAAUUUCCCCUCGGGGAUCAAUAAAGUAUUUCUGAUUCAA